CACCGUUUUCCUACCCGGCAAUCAUCAACCGAAAUCGUCGCUAGCUCCCGCUUCUACAACGCUGAACGAUAACCUCUACCUACCACCAGGGUAGGUACCACCCCCGCGAAACCCGCAACCGUUUGUCCAACCUGGAACCGACAACCCCCCCGGUCCCGCAUAUCCCACUGACCGACCGACCGACCGACCACGCACUGGGCAGACGCAACCUCUCCUUCUCAACAACAAUCACCCAUCUUGAAACCGUACCGAACGAAGCACGCAGUAUCCCAACCUACGUGCAAGAAAUUACCAUAUCGACCUUUUGACAACGAAAAACUCCCACGAGAACCACCCCCGAACAACCUACAACAUGGACCACGCGCACAUGGAUCACUCAAAGAUGGACCACUCCGCCAUGGACCACGGCGACAUGGGAGGUCACGGAAUGACAGGCGGCAUGGGCGACCGGUGCAGCAUGAAUAUGCUCUUCACCUGGGAAACCAAGAACCUCUGCAUCGUCUUCCGCCAGUGGCACGUCCGCUCCACCGGCGGCCUCGUCAUCUCGCUCCUCCUCGUCGUCGCACUCGCCGCAGGCUACGAAGCCCUCCGCGCCGCAUCCCGCCGUUACGAGAACUCUGUGAAUAAGCGCGUCGACUCGCUCCCGAGCGUCGCUGGAACCGUUACUGAGACAACCCCCUUCCUAUGGACAGGACGCGAACAGGCAGAGGCCAGCAGGAGCGCACACCUCGUCAAGGCCGCCCUCUACGCCGCGCAGAACUUUUACGCCUUUAUGCUCAUGCUCGUUUUCAUGACGUACAAUGGCUGGGUCAUGGUCGCCGUCGCCAUCGGCGCAUUCGUGGGAUACGCCGCCUUCGGAAGCUCAACUUCCUCGACCAAGGACAAUGCGUGCCAUUGAUAGCUGGCACCCCCCGCGUUCGCGCAAGGUCUCAAAUUAGGCCUCAACAACCAUAGACAU